GGGUUGGGGACCGCCGCGGGCCUGGGCUCACUGCUGUCCUGGAGACAAGGCCCCUGGCGUGCUAUCUUCCGCGCUGCGGGUUCUUGGACGUGUCCCUUUUCAUCAUACUGACCCCACCCCUUGGCCCCAGAAUUCCUCUCCUGCAAUUUCGAACCCCCAUUCUUCCGCUGUUGAUUUUUAUUUUGGAGUUUUAUCUCCCUACAUACCAAGAGCCUUGUACCUUUAUCCACUCUGGGACGUGGCCAUCCAGUCUUAACUCGCCGCCUUGUCCCUGGACCCUCUGCCCAUCCCGACCUCUCCAAGACUUCCUCCCGGGUCUGCAGCCUCUGCAGUUCUGGCCCCGCUGGGGAAGUCUUGAGCUCCCAGAAGGUUUCCUUUGUUGCAUUUAUAACUGCUAUGGAAUUGCCAGUCCUUCAUCAACAUGAAGAAGAGAAGUUCUUCUUAAAUGCCAGAGGCCAGAAGGAGACCCUCCCAAGCAUAAGGGACUCACCCACCAAACAGCUUUCUGUUGUUGUGCCUUCAUACAAUGAAGAAAAGCGCUUGCCUGUAAUGAUGGAUGAAGCUCUGGGCUAUCUAGAAGAGAGACAGAAACAAGACCCUACAUUCACUUAUGAGGUGAUAGUAGUUGAUGAUGGCAGCAAAGACCAGACUUCGAAGGUAGCUUUUAAAUAUUGCCAGAAAUAUGGAAGUGACAAAGUACGAGUGAUAACGCUGGUGAAGAAUCGUGGGAAAGGCGGAGCUGUUAAGAUGGGCGUAUUCAGUUCUCGAGGAGAAAAUAUCCUCAUGGCAGAUGCUGAUGGAGCCACAAAGUUUCGCGAUAUUGAGAAAUUAGAAAAAGGACUAAAUGAUCUACAGCCUUGGCCUGAUCAAAUGGCUAUUGCAUGUGGGUCACGAGCUCAUUUGAAAAAGGACUCUAUUGCUCAGCGUUCUUACUUCCGUACUCUUCUCAUGUAUGGAUUCCACUUUCUGGUGUGGUUUCUUUGUGUCAAAGGAAUCAGGGACACACAGUGUGGGUUCAAAUUAUUAACUCGAGAAGCAGCUUCACGGACGUUUUCAUCUCUACACAUUGAACGAUGGGCAUUUGAUGUAGAACUGCUUUACAUAGCACAAUUCUUUAAAAUUCCAAUAGCAGAAAUUGCUGUCAAUUGGACUGAAAUUGAAGGUUCUAAAUUAGUUCCAUUUUGGAGCUGGCUUCAAAUGGGCAAAGACCUACUUUUUAUACGACUCCGAUAUAUGACUGGUGCCUGGAGGCUUGAACAAACCAGGAAAAUGAAUUAGGUUGUUUGCCAUCUUUAAUUGUAUUCUUAUGUAUCAGUGUAACAUUAUUUCAUUUGAAUUAAAAUUUUAAAUAAAGCUGGGAUAAAC